CAACACGCGAAGCAAGCAACUUCAGUGGCGAAUGACCCGAGCAUCGAAUUGGUUUCAUUCGAAUUGUGUAUGUGUACCUUCGGCAGAUUUAUGAAUAUGCAAAAGCAUGGAGUGUUCUUGGCUCUGGUUUCGUUUUGUAUUUAUACCUUUUUGGGCGGAACCGCAUGUUUAGUAUUUAGGUGUAAACUGCAGAAACUAGAAGCUAGAACAUUGCCAAGACAGCAAUGAUGGAUGCCAAAUCAGCCAAGUCCAUUUUUGACUUCACUGCCACGGACAUCAACGGGAACGAAGUUGACCUGAGCAGAUACAAGGGGACCGUGUGCAUCGUAACUAACUUUUCCAUCAAGGACUCCGCGUGUGAGAAAGUUUUCUCAAUGCUCAGCACGCUCUACAGCAAGUUCCACAGCGGCACCAGAAAAGAUUUGAACAUUCUUCUGUUUCCAUGCUCGCAGUUCGGUUCCAAGGAGUCGACGAACGAUAUUCUUGACUAUUUCGAGCACAACAGCGACCGUUCGGUAGGCGACGUUUUUGCGGAGAUUGAUGUCAAUGGUUCUAAAAGUGUCGAGUUGUAUAAAUUUAUGAAGCUGAAAAAGCCGGGCAAUUGUGGAGGAUUUAUCAACGGGAACUUUACAAUGUUUCUGACAGAUCGUAAUGGCAUCCCUGUGGAACGCUUCGCUUCGAACGUACACCCGUAUUUACUAGAAGAACUAAUUGAACAACAUUGCGGGUAGUUAAGCUAAAAGAAAACACGUUUGCGUGCUCAGAGAUUUAGUAAACAAUUAAGUAGCCAGUUUAAUAGAUACAUACGCCAUGACUAGAAAUGUCUAGCACCAUUGUCGAAUUAGCAUUGGAAAAUAGUUGAUAGUUUAUGGACAUAAAUCAGUCUAAAAUUGUUACGAUGAUAAUACUUUCAAUUUAAAUAUCCGCCAUUGUAAUAUUAGGUGUACUGCUUCACAGUUCAGCAAUUUCAGUUAGCCGAUUUCGACAGCAUAUAACUUUAAUGCCAUAGCAUUUGUGACUAUGAAACA